AUGGAAAGCCUAUCAGCUCAAGAAGUCGUUGCUCUUAUGGCAGACCCUGACUACAACCAGUCUCACCUCUUCCCAGAAGGUCAAGAUCAACAUACAAGAGAUCUUCUCGUCGAAGAUCUUAAAUAUUUCGACAAAAAUUACCCAGGUGGCAUAAAGUCAUACAUUUCUAGAGCAAGAAAACUCCUUCAGGACUCCGCAAACUCUGUUAAUAUUUUCGAAGGAUGGACUCCAAAAAUCCCUCACGGAGUUUCAGUGAACCCAGAGACAAACUUAGACCAGUUUGUAGCAUUAGAAAAUGAGGGCAUAUCCGAACUCGGAAAAUGUGCCUUUGUUUUGGUUGCUGGAGGUCUUGGAGAAAGACUAGGCUAUUCCUCUAUUAAAGUAGGACUUCCAGUAGAGCUUGUGACAGAAACCUGUUUCCUUCAGCUCUACAUUGAGUCCAUUUUGGCACUGCAGGACAGAUCUGGAACAAUUCUUCCUUUAGCAAUUAUGACAUCAGAGGACACUCAUUCACGUACUCUUCAGCUUCUUGAAGAGCAUAACUAUUUUGGUAUGUCUCGUGACCAGCUCACUUUAAUGAGACAAGAAAAAGUCCCAGCUUUAAUUGACAAUGAAGCAAGAUUUGCAGUUGAGCAUGGAAGAGUUUCUGGAAAACAGCUGACUUAAUUACUUUAAUUACUUAUAGACAAGUCUCCUGUAGACCCGCGGGCCACUACUCUCCUCCGCAUAGCAAUCCACUGCUUACUUACCAGCCCGAGCACGACCUCACACUAUUUUGCUCCUCACAGAUGAGGGAUUAUACCUACCGAGAGCUAGAGAUGUUGAAGCACCAUGCUGAGCGUCAACGGGGUUCGCUCUUUCCAAAAAUUAGAAAAAUGAAUUUUUGGUCAAGCUGUUGACCAAAAUGGAACCAGAGCCAAGGACACACAGUCUGCUAUCACGCUAAAGAUUUGUUCGACUUCCCCUUCUUCCCAAGAGACAAAACCUUGACCUGGAUGUCUGCAUGCGGUUUUAAAUCCACCAAACCAAGUAAACCUUGCCUAACACGCACUUCUGAACGCUGUCCUCUCUUCCACAAGAUACCCGCCUUUCCCAAUUACUUACUGCUACAAUUUUAACAUGGAGGCUGGCUCGCCACUCCAUUUAAUGUAUAUUUCUGGCAAACCGCACGGACAUGGAGAUGUCCACAUCUUGUUAUACCAAUAUGGUCUUCCACAGAAAUGGCUUUCUGAAGGAAAGAAGUGGAUGGUCAUAUUGCAAGACACAAAUCCUCUUGUAUUCAAAGCUCUCCCAUCUUUCUUAGGAGUAUCAAAGGUCAAUAACUAUGCUAUGAACUUUGCCACGAUUCCUAGAAUGCCAAAAGAGUCAUUAGGAGCUAUCAUGACAUUAGAAAAAGAAGGCCAAAUCCAAACUUUGAACGUGGAGUACAACAUUGUUGACACUUUAAUCAAAGGAUCAGGAAUGAAUGCCAAAGGUGACGUUUCCAAUGAAGAACUCGGCAUCGGCACUCCAGAAUCAGCAAAAUUAUCUCCAUUCCCAGGAAACACCAACACUUUAUUGUUCUCCUUACAAGAUUAUUUGGAUGCCUUAAACAGAACAGGAGGCGCUAUGACAGAAUUUGUCAAUCCAAAAUACGCUGAUGCCACUAAAACGGUUUUUAAAGCUCCUACAAGACUUGAAUGCCUUAUGCAAGAUUUCAGCAAGAUGUACACACAAGAAUCAAUUAUAGGCUUUACACAAUUUGAGCGCUGGAUUUCAUUUACUGCUGUGAAAAAUAAUUUGCAGGAAGCUGCAGCAAAAUCAGCACAAAAUUUAGAUCCAUGGUGUGCUGGAAGUGGAGAGUGCGAAUAUUUUAAUGCAAAUAUCAAAUUAUUAAGACUUUGUGGAGCCUCAAUCGAUGAUGCUACUACAGACACCUUCUUUGCUGGAAUUAGAUACAGACUGCCUGCAAAAAUUAUUAUCCAGCCUUCUUUUGCCUGCAGCUUUGUGGAAUUAAGACAAAAAGUCAAAGGAUCAUGGUCAAUUUCCAACAGAUCAGUCCUAGUCCUAGAAGGAAAAGAAACACUUAUAGAAGACUUGAAACUUGAUGGCAGCUUAGUAGUCGGCCAAAAUGCCCAUUACCACCGAAUCACCAAAGAUGAUGGAAUAGUCCCUGUUUACGUUCCUAGUGAGCCAAGAGACCCUGAAUACCUUCGUAUUAGAGGAUUCAAAUUAAGAAAAUAA